AGGCCUGCCAGGGCAGGAGGUUGGCAGCGGGGACAGCGACAGCUCUACCAGGAGAGUUCUUAGCAACUUCCUUAGCUGUCUGUCCGCAGAGCAGCUCCAGUGUCCUCAGCUUCGGUGGUUCCUGGGCUCCAGUGCAGAUUUCCAGGAAACCAGAGAUGUUCGCAGAAGACGAAGAAGAAAAGCGCAUCUACGAGGCAGUGUUAAAUCAUUUCAACAGCCACAGAGUGGAGAUCUCACACGCAAUAACCAGCACAUUCCCUUUCCUGCAUGGCCUCCGUGACCGUGGACUCAUCACGGAUAAAAUGUUUCAGGAUGCUGAAGAAUCUUGUUUCAAAAAGGUCCCUGUACAAUAUGUGGUGUACAAUCUUCUGGGGACACUGGAGAAGUUUGACCUGGCAGUUUUCGAGGCAGUGUUCAGCGAGGUCAACCUGAAGGAAUACCCCAGAUUAGUUCCUGUUCGUGAAAGCUUUGAAAUUGAAGUCAACCGCGCGCUGCAAUUCCAGACCAAUGUCAGGGGCCACAUAGAGGAGAAUUCCAGGAUUCAGCUGUCCCUGGAACAAGGUUCAGUAUCCCCUGACCCUGUAAUGCACGUGAACUCCUCUCCUGUGCUUCCGAUGGAUAUAAAGAAGGAAAGAACAUAUUUAAACUCAGAAGCCCAAGCAGGGACUGACUGCAAGCAGGCCUCUGAGAUCAUAGUCAUCGACAGCGAAGAAUCUGAAGAGCUUGGCAAUGAAGACCAGCUCCCAGAAGCCUCCACUUCUACAGCGGGAGGAGCAGAGCUGCAUUUGCAGGGACCUGAACAUGAGAAUUGCACCUGUGUCAUGUGCUUCUCAAAGGGAGGCCAACAAGCACAGCCUGGGAGUAACCAAGCCUCUGACACGACAGGGCAAAGGAGAAGACGCAACAAUAAACAAAGAAACCUCCGAGGUGCUAAGGAAGGGACAAGAAGAGUCAACAAUGGUCCUUUGAAAAGAGGCAGAAAGAGAGGGACAAGAAGAGUCAACAAUGGUCCUUUGAAAAGAGGCAGAAAGAGAGGGACAAGAAGAGUCAACAAUGGUCCUUUGAAAAGACGCAUGAGAAGAGGUCGAAGAAUUCCCAAAUACACAAUUGCAAAAUUCAGGGGUCCUGAGCUUCCCGUCGAAUGUGGACCCGUGAAUGGGACGCUGUACAAGAAUCUGCUGCAACAAGGCUCCCACCAGAAGUGUAUACAGGGUAAGGAUGGACGGUAUUUCACCCUGCGAGAAUUUGAAAUUGAAGGCGGCUACGAGACAUCCAAGAACUGGAAGCAAACCGUGCGCUGCCUCGGGUGGCCCCUGAAAGUUUUGAUCCAGAAAGGAUUUCUGCAAAACCCACCAAGACGCAGAAGAAAGCGUACACAGCAGUCUGACAGCAGCAUCUUUAUUGACCCUUAUCCACAGAACUCCAAUGAGUGUGACGUGUGCUACCAAGGGGGAGUGAUUUACUGCUGCGAUAGCUGUUCAAGAUCCUACCACCAGGACUGCCACAUCUUACAUAUAAAUCCUGAGAGCUACCCAUGGAGUUGCAUCACCUGCAGGAUCAAAACCAUGUGGCACAGGUGUUGGAAGAACCAGCCGCUUCGUCAGGAAUCAGAGGUGCUGCAGAUACAGAUGCAGCCUGAGGAGCAGCUGAGAUGCGAGUAUCUCCUCCUGAAGGUCUACCAGUGCUCAGAAAGUACCGCUUUUGCCUCGAAACCGCAUUAUGGCACCCAGCCACACCAGGGCACACAGGGACCCAUGUGGUUAGACAAGAUCAAGGAGAAUCUGCGCAGACAGGAGUACUCGCACGUGGGGGGCUUCGUGCAGGACAUGCGCCUCAUAUUUCAGAACCUCAAGGUGUUUUGCAGCGAUGAAGUGUUCCUUAGGCUGGGGCGUGAACUAGAGGCCAAGUUUGAGAAGAACUUCCAACAUAUUUUUGCAAUUCAGGAAACUGGGCAGAGCAUGUGUUAGUUGGAGACCUUCGUUUGUCAACAUUUCUAAACCAUCCCUGGUCACCUAUUUCUCUAAAUAAAAUUUAGAUUUGUCCAAGUGUUCGGAUUGAACCACUUGGAGAGGAAGUUGCUGUGGAAGAAGGGCACCCUUCUCCACAGGGCGUUCGUCGGCUCGUGGCCUCCAUGCAUUCACGUCCUUCAUCAGAUCCUUCAGCAACGUUGUCUCUUCCCACACAGUACUGACAUUCGUCUUCACCCCGAAGUAGUUUGUGUUUUUUGUUG